AUGGGGGAAGGGGAGAGGGCCGCCAUUGUGGGGUUCUUCAAAGAGAAAGGGUUCGAGGAUGCGAGCAUCGAGGCGAUGCUGAAGAAAUGCCGCCGUCUGGAUAUCGUCGGAAGGGAGAAGAUGGCGGAGAAUUGGGAGUACCUGAGAAGCAUCGGAAUCCACGAGAGGAAGCUCCGCUGUGUGGUCUCCAAGUGCCCCAAGCUCCUCGCCGCCGGCAUCGACGAGAAGCUGUCGCCAGCGGUGCACUGCCUCGCCACCCUGGGGACGAAGCCCGGCGAUGUCGCCGCCGCCGUCGUCAAGUUCCCGCAGAUCCUCUCCCACAGCGUGGAGGAGAAGCUCUGUCCGCUGCUGGCCUUCUUCCAAACCCUAGGGAUCUCGUCGGAGAAAGCUGGGAAGCUCGUCCUCCUCAAUCCCCGCCUGGUCAGUUACAGCAUCCAGGAGAAGCUCUCGGAUAUGGCGGUCUUCCUCGCCGGCCUCGGCUUCGGGGGAGACGGCAGCAAGAUCGGGAAGAUCCUGGUGAAGAAUCCCUAUAUGAUGGGGUACAGCGUGGAGAGGCGACUCCGCCCCACGGCGGAGUUCCUGAGAUCGAUCGGCCUGAAGGAUCCCGAUCUGAGGAAGGUGGCGGCGAGCUUCCCGCAGGUCCUCUGCAGAGACGUGGAUAAAACCCUGAGGCCCAAUCUGAACUUCCUGAAGCAGAGCGGCUUCAGCGACCGGGAGAUCGCCAUGGUGGUGGCCGGCUACCCUCCUGUUCUCAUCAAGAGCGUGGAGAAUUCCCUGAAACCGAGGAUCAGAUUCCUGGUGGAGGCGAUGGGGAGGGAGCUGAGAGAGGUCGCGGAGUACCCGGAGUUCUUCCGCCACGGCCUGAAGAAGAGCUUGGAGGCCCGGCACCGGCAGCUGGAGCAGAGGGGCCUUAAAUGCAGCCUGAGCGAGAUGCUCGACUGCAACAAGAACAAGUUCGCCGCCAAAUUCUCUCCCAUCAGCAACCUCGGCUGA